CCAUCAUUCUUCUUCCCCGAGCCCGCCUGGCUUCUCCGUUUCUCUUCCAUGAAAGCUCACAAACGGUUUUAUCAGUUAACGCUUUUCUGAACAAUGCACUUCUUCAUAGUGCCGAAUUCUUCGUCUUCAUCUCCUUCUCCGGCAAAUACUUCUUCAUUCUCUCUAUUGUUUCUCGCUCCUUCUCAAAUUCCUGAGAAUCUCUGUAAAUUGCCGGCGAAGAUCCAUAUCGGAACUCAUGGAAUCUCCGGUAAAUCGUUUCUCACACAUCCUACGUUCUCAUCUAAGAACACGACUCUGUAUGCAGUCGUCGACAGGUCUUCUUCAGGUGUAUUUUCGUCACAAAAUGAAUCUGCCAAUGGCGAAGGAGGGGAAUCUAACACGGAGGGAGUAUUAGUAGUUCGACGGCCGUCGUUGGAGAAUUCCGAUAAGGAAUCUAGUGAGGAAGAGGGAAAAAAGUAUCCAGCGAGGAUUGAUGCUGGUCUGAGUAAUAUAGCUAAGAAGAUGCCGAUGUUUGAGCCGGAGAGAUCGGAGUCGUCAUCGUCGACGUCCGCCGCCGCUGCUGCAAGUGCUCAAGAGAGGCCGCUUGCCGUGAAUUUGGACUUAUCUCUGUACAAAGCAAAGGUUUUGGCGAGGAAUUUCAGAUACAAAGACGCCGAGAAGAUUCUGGAGAAGUGCAUAGCUUACUGGCCGGAGGAUGGGAGACCGUACGUGGCAUUGGGGAAGAUACUAAUCAAACAAUCGAAGCUAGCAGAAGCUCGAAUUGUGUAUGAGAAAGGGUGUCAAUCUACACAAGGAGAGAAUGCAUACAUUUGGCAGUGUUGGGCUGUCCUGGAAAACAGGUUGGGAAAUGUAAGAAGAGCCAGAGAGUUGUUUGAUGCAGCCACGGUGGCUGACAAGAAGCAUGUAGCAGCCUGGCAUGGAUGGGCAAACCUGGAGAUAAAACAAGGAAAUAUUAGUAAAGCGAGGAAUCUCCUAGCCAAAGGCCUCAAGUUCUGUGGCCGUAACGAGUAUAUCUACCAAACACUUGCCUUGUUGGAGGCCAAAGCUGCCCGGUAUGAACAGGCAAGGUACCUGUUCAAGCAGGCCACCAUAUGCAAUUCGAAGAGCUGUGCCAGUUGGUUGGCAUGGGCACAGUUGGAGAUACAGCAGGAAAGAUACCCAGCUGCUAGAAAGCUUUUUGAGAAAGCUGUCCAGGCAAGCCCCAAGAAUAGGUUUGCGUGGCACGUAUGGGGGGUGUUUGAAGCUGGAGUAGGUAAUGUUGAGCGUGGAAGAAAGCUCCUGAAGAUAGGUCAUGCGCUAAAUCCUAGAGACCCUGUUCUCCUUCAGUCCCUUGGCUUACUGGAGUACAAGCAUUCAUCUGCUAAUCUUGCCCGGGCUUUACUAAGGAGAGCAUCAGAGGUUGAUCCUAGACAUCAACCUGUUUGGAUUGCUUGGGGUUGGAUGGAAUGGAAAGAAGGAAACACAACAACAGCUAGAGAACUUUACCUAAGAGCUCUCUCCAUUGAUGCAAAUACCGAAAGUGCUGCUCGUUGUCUACAGGCGUGGGGAGUUCUCGAGCAGAGUGCAGGAAACUUAUCAGCAGCUAGAAGAUUAUUUCGAUCUUCACUGAACAUCAACUCACAAAGCUACGUUACGUGGAUGACAUGGGCACAACUAGAGGAAGAUCAAGGAGACUCCGAACGUGCUGAAGAAAUCCGUAACCUCUAUUUCCAACAACGUACCGAGGUUGUUGAUGAUGCUUCGUGGGUCACAGGAUUCUUGGAUAUCAUUGACCCGGCUUUAGACACUGUUAAAAGGCUCUUGAACUUUGGUCAAAACAAUGAUAACAACAGGUUAACUACUACUCUUAGAAACAUGAAUGGAACCAAAGAUAGCCAAUCCAAUCAGCAACCCGAGAGCUCAGUGGGACGCGAGGACACUGAAACUGGGAGCGGAUUUAACCUCGAUGCAUUUUUACGCGAGAAGCUCUCGUUGGAUCCUACGAAGCUGGACGUUAACCUUGAUUCUAAGAAGUUAGAUAGAUUCACUAGAGGGAGAAUAAAUGGUGCUUGAAAAAAUAUGAGGGGAUAUUUAUUGAGGCAGUGUAAAGAUGAAGGGUCAAAUGUAUAAUAAUUUUGAAGAAUUAUAAGGUAGCAAAUUGUUAGGGAAAAUCACAUUUUAAAUCUUUAAAGUGGCACUGUUUAAAACUUUAAA